AUGACGGCUCCUCAUGGUUACGUGUCGACGACGGUGGCGACGACCAUCACGCCGCCAGCUACCUCCUCUCCUCACCUGGAGAGGAAGCUGAAGAAGCCUCUGAUGGAGAAGCGCAGACGUGCUCGCAUCAACCAUUGUCUCACCGAGCUGAAGAACAUCCUGCUCAAGGCGUCCCCCCACCAGCGGACCAAACUGGAGAAGGCCGAUAUCUUGGAGAUGACCAACUUCGUCGACGGUUUCACGAUCUGCGCGUCCACCGCCUUCCACUUCCUGUCCAGUGUGCCGUCGCCGUACAGCAGGGAACGUGCCCUGCACGUCAGACUCAUGUCUCACCUCAACCAGGCGUUGGAAGCCAAAGUCAAGCAGGUCUCCUCUACAUUGCCCGUCGUUAACUAUUCCUCCGUUGGACUGAACACUGUCUGCGGUGUCACGCCUUAUAUGAACCUGCCACCGACCCCGGUUUCGCCACUGACUUUAAACAUUCCCUCUGGCUGCAACUUCACUACCUCACCGCCGCUGCAGAAGUUCACCUACCAACAGUUCCCGUUGCUGCCUACCCCUCCAUGCGGUGUUCGCUCCGCGGACAACAACAUGCCUUGCAAAGUCAGUCCCGUGUCCAGUUCAUUUAGCCCCUGCAGUUCUGACGGUGGUUCCUCAACUGGCUGCUCGGACGUCGGUGAAGACUCAUGUUCCAUGGAGUCGGUCGUGUGGCGCCCAUGGUAG